GGGCCCUAUCUGCCUCAGUCCCGCCUCAGCCUCAGGAGCCGUUGGAGUGGCCGCCCCAGCUCUGUGAUUAUCAACCGAAGCUGGUGAAGGGGUCCCAUCUCUUGCCACUGCUGAUCGCCCAGGACAUGGCCCUGCUCCUCCUCCUUCUUGUUGGGGGCUCCUGGGCCCCCAGAGUGGUGAGUUCCCAGACCGUGUUCACCACUUCACUGUUGAAUUCCGAGCCUUCCGCCUCCUUCACCAGUUUGGCUGUAAUGGACUCUGGGAAGACCAACUUGAGAGAUGGUGAGAGGGAGUCCUCCCACAGCUCCCUGGCACCUGAAUCCCAAACCUCCCAGGAAGUUUCCUCUGAGAAGUCAUUCAUUUACCCCGAGACUCCCAAUGUGACCAGGGAUCCUGUUGUCUCCGUGGCAGAAAGUUCUCAGGGAGCCCACAUCCCAGCCACGAUGAUCAGCUCUCCUCUAGCAACCCCAGCAGCCUCUGGUGACCUCAGCGGAUCCCUUAUCACCAUGGUGACCAGUACCUCGGGGACCUCUCCCGUCUCCAGGGGUAGCAUGCCCCUGAUGGCCACCCCAAAGGCCCCUGAAGGCACUCUGUCCUUUUCAAGUCCAGCUCAGGGGUUGAGUGGAUUCCCUGUCACGAUGGCAACGAGCACUGUGGAGACCCCCAGUGGGAGCAGCGGAACCCCCAUCACCAUGACAACCAGCUCUGUGGAGACCAGCAGUGAGACAAGUGGAACCCCCAUCACUAGUGCAACCAGUUCUGUGGAGACCCCCAGUGGGAGCAGUGGAACCCCCAUCACCAUGACAACUAGCUCUGUGGAGACCAAGGAUGGGACCAGGGAAACUUCCAUCACCAUGGCAACCAGCUCUGUGGAGACCCCCGGUGGGAGCAGUGGAAUCCCCAUCACCAUGGCAACCAGCUCUGCCAAGACCUCCAAUGAGAUGAGUGGAUUCCCUACCACCAUGGCAAGUAGCUCUGUGGAGACCACCAGUGGAACCAAUGGUCACCCUGUCACCACGGUCCCUAGCUCUCUGGAGACCUCUGGCACUGCGGUAGAAACUGCUAUGGUGACUACCAAGGAGCCCUCUGGAAACACGAGCGUGCAGCCAGAGAUGGGUGGCAUGAUGCCGGUGGCCAUGCUGGUGGCUGUGCUGGUGGUCAUAGCUUUCCUGGCCCUGCUCCUGCUGUGGCGCCGGCGGCAGAAGCGGCGGACUGGCGUCCUGACGCUAAGCAGAAGUGGGAAAUACAACGGUGCUGUGGAUGCCUGGGCUGGGCCAGUGAGGGUUGCCGAUGAGGAGGCUGUGCUAACAAUCACAGGAGAGUCUGGGGGACCGAAAGCCUCGGGGACCCCCGAGGUGGAGGAAUCUGGUCAGCUGCCCACGCUCAGCACUUUCUUUGGCCGGCGGAAGUCUCGCCAGAGCUCGGUGGCUCUGGAGGAGUUGAGGCCUGGCUCAGGCCCGGGCCCUAUGGGGGAGGAGGAGGAGCCGCUGGUGGGCUGCGAGGAAGAGGCUGCCGACGCCCCUACUUCCAAUGGGCCAGCAGCGGGGCCUGGGGCUGAGCCUCCCAGCUUGUGAAUGAGCGGAUGUUGGAGCCGGCUGCCCUUCCCCACGCCCCUACCUCUCUACCUUCCCUGCUACUGUUACUUCCAACCCUUCUCUCACCAGGCGUCUCCAGAUGUUACCACCCUGGAGUCUCACUGCGCAUGCCACCUCCAUUCUCUGAAUCCGGCAGCUUGCUCCCUCCCACCCUCACCCUUGCAGGCAAAUCCCUGUAACCAGCCCCUUGGCUGUGAUCCCUCGCACCCCCCAUGGCUUUCCCAGAGUUCCACAUCUCCCAUCACCUUUCUCCCCGUCUUUCUCUCUUUGGAGCCAAUCCAGAGGGUCUGUCUGAUUUGAUCUGGAAUCCUGAGAAAACCCCUCCCUCCUCCCUCCUCCCUCCUCCCUCCUCCCCCAGGAGUCCAGAGUGUGCAAAAGAGGCGAAAGGGCCCACACGUGAACUGCCACGGGAAUGAGCUAUAAAAAAAGUUCUUGCCGGUCCCUCUACCCUGGCCCGGCCAUGACCUUCUUUGGAGUCCUGGGGCCAGUGGCCAGCCUGAGGCCCGUGGGCAUGUAGCUUUCCCAGACUCUGGGCUGGUCCUUGUUCCUGCCCCAGCCCCCAUGCUCCCCACGCUGCCCUCCAGGCCUGGACUGAGGUGGUGGCAGGCUGACGCUUCCUCCUUCUAGGGGCAGAGGGUGGGAGUUCCUGGCCAGGUGUUGUUUUCAGACGCUCAGGGCAGGCAGUGUCCCUCUGUGUGGGUUGAUUCCUGAGUGUGGUCUGGGCAGGCUGACAGUUCCCCCCUGUGGGGGGGAGCAAUGAGUCAUAGGGUGUUGGGGUGCUGGGGGUGGGCAGGAAGGGGUUGCAGUGGCCGACAGAUGUGGGUCUCGGUGCCUUUCCUCUUCUGCUGAGAAUUUGUGUGUCCUUGUUUUUGCUGAGAGCCAGUAGUGCGCAAACACACACACACAAAGACCAUAGCCCAAGGUCACACAAUGUCAAAAGUUAACGCUCAGCAGGUGUGACCUAAGUGCGGGCUUCCUGGCGCAGCCUCCGUCCCUCUUCCUCGAAAGGCUCCACGCUCCACUGCACACCAGCACCCACACACACUGCUGCAUGCACCCUCAUUGACGCACACACAGCUUCACAUUUAGACACCCUCACUCACACACAUACAUCCUUCACACACACACUCACACACACAGAGGCAGGGAGGCAGCCUGCAAUGGGGGUUCAGUGCUGUGGGACCCUGCCUCUCUUAGAUGCUCAGGUUGCCGUUGGUCUGGCUGCCUGCCUCUCUCCCUCCUCCUAGGGCAAGCAGUGAGAAGGAGGCCAAGCAGGAGAGUUGUCAGGCAAUGGGGGAGCGUUCUGAACUAAUGAGGAGAGACUAAGACCAUCCCCCCUGCCACCUCCUUCCCCGGGUAUGCUGAGAGCAGCUAGGAUAUGAUGUGGGCCAGAGGCCUUUGCUAGCUGCCCAGGGCCCAGAGGAAAUUUGCAAAGAGGAAGUUGUUGAGACAGAGUCAUUGGCAGCACACCAGUGUCCAACUAACCUAUAAAGCCUGGAGGCUUCUUGGGAGGACCAGGUGGUCAGAUUGAGCAACAGCAAGAGCUCCAAGGAGAGAGAAAGGGGUAGAAGGGGCCUCAGGUCCAGCUGCCUCAGCUCUGUGGGGCCCAGCCUUGGAGCAAAGUGGUCUCCUGCUAGUUGGGGUAGGCACUCCAGGAGUAGCGGGUAAAGCGCUGGCCACUUUCCCCUACUUCUCACAUGGUGUGUUUAUUUGCAUAGCAGAAGUAAGCUGGAAAAGUCCCUUGGACCUACCACAACUCGUGGUUGACAUUUGCCAAACCAAGUGUCACCAUUUCAGUUUUAGCCGCUCCAGUGACUGCUGGGAGCCCAGCAGCUCCUCCUCUGCCCCCGUGCCGCCUGUCUGCUGUGGUUGACUUCUAGGUGCUGAAGGAAGCAGGGAGGGUGAUGGUGGUGGGGUGGUCUGGGAUUUCAGGGCAAAGAAAAUAUGAAAUGUACUGUAAAUGUUAAAAUAGAGGCUCACACCACGUUUCACCAGCGAUCGUGUCAGAAGGGAGGGAUGGUGGGACGGCGGCAUCGCUGUUAUAUUCCUGGUGGCUACUGUGCUGCCUGGAAUUCCAUGUUCAAGUUCAUUUGGAUAAGUAAAAACCAGAGCCAAGGUAGAUACUCUCAGAUUCCAAAGAGCAGGACUGAGAGAAACAAGUAGGAAGCACAAAAGAUGGUGGUCGGACUAAAUACGUCACUUACGGCAACGGCUACGCAUACUUGUCAAGGUCACUCACAAUUGUGUUUUCGAAAGCCAGGUGACCACUGGGGAAGUGCUUAUAAUAGCAUGUUUGUUGGAAACAAAAGAAAGUGGUUAAUCUUUUUUUAAAUU